AUGGAGUUGCUUAAACAUAAACAUACACAAGUCCCGGUGUGGAUUCGAUUGAGACACCUUCUAGUGGAGUUUUGGACCCUUGAGGGUCUUAGUGCGGUUGCAAGUGGGGUGGGGAAGCCGUUAUACCCUGAUGCCAUCACGAAAGCAUGUACGAGACUGGACUUCGCUCGUGUAUGUGUAAUGCUAGAUGUGUCCUCCAAAUUUUCGAAACACCUCGUCUUGUUAAUGCCCACGGAGGACGGGACUAAGGUUCCUUGCAAGGUUGAUGUGGGAUAUGAGUGGUUGCCUAUGAAAUGUCGAACAUGUAUGAGCUUGGGGUAUGACGCCAAGAUAUGUCCAUCAACAAAGCCGCAACCGCCUCAACUAGUGAAGGUCUAUGUAACCCACCCUCCAGUCGGUAGGCAUGGAUUGGAGGAAAAAGAGGAGGAGAUAGGGCCUCCACAAGAAGCUGUACCAAAGAUGCCUCGAGGCCGAGCGAGGAUCGAGCCUCCUUCCCCUAUCGGAGAACGUACGGAAAUUGUCCUAUUUAAUAUGUUUGGAAUUUUAACUGAUGACGAUGUGAGUGUGGCACUACCGUAUGAGGGCCCUAACAUACGCAACCCUUCAUAUCAGUAUACAUGA